ACAGAGGGAUGUCAGUAUGUUUCUUGUAGAUCUUUGCUUAACAGCUAUCCUAAAAACCUUAAAAUCAAAGCUGUUGCUGAUUUAUUCCUGCUGUGAACGAACUCCAGGUCCAGUGUGCCCCAAGUUUAAACAAAUCCAUGUGAAGGAACUCAAAAAGCCCCGUGCUCAGCCUGGUGCUGGGCAACCAGGAGAGGAGUCAGAGGUGCUGCAGGGCUGGAGCAGCAGGGGGUUGCAUGCAGAGGGUUGCUUCUAGCAACAGGCCGGCCGCUUGUUUGCCCCGCGCCGGGGGGGGUAUUGGGCUACUUGUAGCCCACUCCUGAUGAAGUGACGGCGGCCUUGCGGAGGUUAAGUGGCCUUUCUGCCCUCACUGUUCUUGCGUUGCCCGUCUCUCCUUGGCAGCGGGCAGCUCGGGGAUGUCGCGGCCGCCCUCCACUCCGGGGCGUCUGCCUGGCUGCGGGCACACCGAGCCCGUCACCGCUGCUGUACCCCCGCGAGGUGAGGGAUCUCCCCGGGAAGCUGUGGCGCGCAGCCUGCAACCCGACUCGCAGCGCGGAGUCGCCGCUGUGCGCGAGCUGAGGCACGCGAGCCGCGGCCGCUAAACGCCGACGGUGCUCCGAGCGGGCGGCUCCUGAAUGCGGCGGGGCACCGGCAGUUCCCUCCGGGCAGCGGGGGCUGAACUCCGGGCGAAAGGAGCCGCGCGCUCCCACCCCCUCUCAGCCCCGCUCCGCUCGGCGUGCCUCCUCCUCUGGUCACCGGACUGAUGAAUUAAUCAUGAUGUGGCUGCUGUUAAUGCAUUUAUGCGGAGCGGGCUGUGCCGCCGGAUCGCGGCGUAGCGAGGUGAGGGAGUGAGGAGAGCUCUGCCAGCCGUGCGGAGCCGAGACAGCGGCCGCAGCGCUCUCCAUGGCUCCGGAGGAGAUGCUUCAGAAAAUUGCUGUUUGUUUACUGCUGGUUCUGCCAAACAACUCAAGAAGGGACCGAUCUAUUCUUUCAUUAAUCAAACGCAAUAUUAUCUUGAACUAAUUAUUCUUCUCCACAUGGCCUUUCUUCUGGUGUCAGCUUAUUUUCUGCUGACUCAUACUCAGGGUGCUCCUGCAGAGAAUGGGGCACUGUUGGAAACACUGAAGUCACAGGUAGGAUUAUUCAGCAAUAAAAGUGAACACUAUUCAGCACAGGUGAGACCUCCUGGCACCAGCCGACGAAUACCUCAGACAAUUAUCAUUGGAGUUCGUAAAGGAGGGACAAGGGCUUUGCUGGAAAUGUUGGAUAUUCAUCCUAAUAUUGUUGUAGCAGCUACGGAAGUCCACUUCUUUGACUGGGAUGAAAAUUAUGUGAAAGGAAUAGACUGGUAUAGGAGUUUGAUGCCAUUUUCUUAUGGAAAUCAAAUUACUAUUGAGAAAACACCAGGCUAUUUUACAUCACCACAGGCUCCAGAAAGAAUUCAUGACAUGAAUAGCUCCAUUAAGCUGUUGCUCAUUCUGAGAGAUCCCACUGAGAGAGUUAUAUCUGACUAUACCCAAGUAUAUUACAACAGAGUAGAAAGCCACAAGCCUGUUCAGCUUUUUGAAGAUAUUGUUAUUAAGAAUGGAGCACUUAAUACCAAAUACAAAGCUAUUCAGAGAAGUUUAUAUGAUGUUCACAUGGAAAAGUGGCUUAAACAUUUCAGUUUGGAUCAGAUUCAUAUAGUGGAUGGCAAUACUUUAAUCAAGGAUCCUCUUCCUGAAUUACAAAAAGUUGAGAGAUUUCUGAAUCUUCCUUCCCGAAUUAUGUCUUCUAAUUUUUAUUUUAACCAAACUAAGGGAUUCUAUUGCAUUCGAAGUGAUGGAAGAGAGAGAUGUUUACAUGAAUCCAAAGGGCGACCCCAUCCUCUUGUUAACAACACAGUUUUAGAACAACUUUAUUCUUACUUCAGAGAGCACAAUGCAAAAUUUUACAGAAUGGUUAAUCAUUCUUUCGACUGGCAUUAAUGCAUUUGCAAUCAAUGCUUCUUUAAAAGGGCCUGAAAUGAACUCUUUCAAGCAUAUCUUUGGUAACAUGUAACAUUCGUAUUAUGAGAACUUAACAUACUGGCUAUAUAGAAGCAGUGAUGUGUUUGCUUCACUGGAACAAGACAUCCAUCAAUUCAUUAAAAUGUUGGGAAAAAUGUUUCAUGUAUUUGUAUGGUUACUCUGGAUCAUAUUCUAAUCUUCUUUUUCUCAUCAUGCAAAUCAUUCCCAUCAGAAUUUCAAUGAACUUAAUUCACAUAUGAUGUUUUAGAAAAAUGACUGCUUUUAACAAUGUAAAAAUGUACAUAUUUGAAACUGUAUUAUUCUAACUGUUCUGUAUUUUUUUUUUGUUCUUGGUACUUUUUAUAUCAAGUAUGAGGAUAGUGACAUUGAUUUCUAGAAUUUUUCAUACAAUAGGCUAAAUUAUAUGUUAAACAGGGGCAUAAAUAGUGGUUCCAGUAAAUAAUUCAUCCUAUGCUAAUAUGUUAAAACUUUCAUACAAUUAAUAAUAAUGGGAAUCUAUUUCACUUUUGAUUUUGAAUAGGUGAACUAGAAGAUCCUUGUCUGGAUAUCAUUAAUAUUAAAUCAGUCUUACUAUCUUGGGUCUGAAAAAAAUUCAUCUCCAAAUAAUAAAGUAAUAGUAUGAACUGUCUGAAGAAGUUUAGGAAGUGAGAGAUCUGAAUGUAAAGAAGUUAAAACAUCCCAGGCAACCUUGAUUUACACCAUUAUUCUGUAUAGUUAAAUGCAAAAAAAAUUGUUAAUAUCAGCACCUGUACAAAUGUUUGAUUAUAUAAAUUAUUUUACUUUGCAUUUGUAUGAAAAAGAUAACUCCUUAUCAGUACUACCACAUUAAUUAUAUUUGUAUUCUGUGACUAAGUUAUUCUAUUUCUCUCCCAGCUUUACUUUAAGUAUCUCCAUUGGAACAGUGAUUCUUUUGAAUAAGAAAAACACAUUUCUUUGCCUGCCCUUCAAAGCAUGGAGUAUUCUUUGUAAUUUCUAAUGCAGGUCAUGGGAAGUGCUCAGACUUAAAAGUAACACCUUUUUAUAUUUGUAUAUCUCAAAUAUACUAUGGAUAACAUACUCAGAUUAUGUAUAAAAGUGACAUCCUGCACAAGGAACUUUUCUUUUUGAUAUCUUUUGCCUGACAAUAUUGUCUGCUCUUCUUUUGCAUAUAUCAGUACCAAAGAAGAAAGUCAACUUGAAAUGUUAAAUGUUAAAUGCUGAAUAGAACUAUACAAAUGCAAGCACAUGUGCUUGUUUGAAAUUGUACCUUGCAAUCCAAAAUCCUGGUGAGCUGUAAUUGCGUGGGCACACUCUAAGCAUCAGACUCCACCUAAUUCUGUUGAAAGUACUGACUAUCUGUAUUUUUCUGUUUAAACAACU